AUGGAUGGUCUUCUACGUGUAGUGCUCGCACCGCAACACUUCAAUAAUGAUGAGGCGAGACGUUAUCUGGGCGAGGAAUUACUCUAUCCUGCGUUUUAUAUAUCAAUCGCAUAUGUCUUCGUUAUUUUCAUCAUUAAAGCUAUCAUGAGUUCAAGGAAGCCAUUCGAGUUAACGCUAGCGUUGAAUCUAUGGAAUACAUGGUUAGCUGUUUUCAGUAUUUUUGGUUCAGCAGUAUCUUCAGUCGCACUCUACAAUGAGAUCAAAAAUCAUGGACUUGUCGCUUCAUACACAAGUUAUGGUGAGUUCUUCACCGGGUUCAGUGGUUAUUUUGCGUUUUUGUUUUGUGUUUCGAAAAUCGCCGAACUCGGCGAUACGAUAUUGUUAGUCCUUCGAAAGAAACCGUUGAUAUUCCUUCAUUGGUAUCAUCACGUCCUAACACUCAACUACGGUGUGCUGUCGUUCAGUGAGAAAACGCCUUACAAUACAUGGAUCAUCUGGCUUAAUUUCUCGGUGCAUGCAGUCAUGUACAGUUACUACCUACUCCGUUCGAUGCACAUUCGCGUGCCAGCUGCGAUUGCUCGUUCCAUAACCGUAACACAAAUUCUGCAGUUCGUUAUAACUGUUCUCAUUCUCAUUCAUAUUGGUUUAUUACGUUUGAAUGGAAAGCAUGUUGAUGGAACAAUGCGAACGUAUGUCUUCUGUUUCCUGAUGGAAAUAUCCUACAUUAUUCUGUUUGGAAACUUCUUCUAUCAGUCGUAUAUUCGUGGUGGAGGCAAGAAAUUCAUUGCUGAAAAGAAAAAGGAUUAA